UUUUUUUUUCAUUUCCGGUAUUUUUAUCUCGAAAAAAUUUCAAAAUUUCAUUCAUAAAUUGUCAUAUAAAUGGGAACACUACUCCGUCACUUGGCCAGCUCGGUGUUAUUUUUAAUCGACUUUCAUGAUUCCACGUAGGAAGUUUCAGGUUGGAAAUAACUUCGGUUAUCACUGAAGUUGGUGGUGCCUCAGCUAAUAAAAAAAAGGGUGUGACUGCAAAAUGACAAAAAAGGAGAUUGCGAAAACAGUACCGGUACAUUUAGCAUGGUCGCCUAAAAGUCAAUAUCCUAUAAGUUUGGCAGCUGGAACUGCAGCUCAACAAUUAGAUGCUUCGUUCAGUACCUCAGCAUGUAUCGAAUUAUAUGAAGCCGAUUUGAGCGGUCCUUCUGUCGAUUUAAAUGUUGUAUGUGCUUAUAAAUCAGAUCACAGAUUUCAUAAACUUAUCUGGGCCAAUGAAUCUGACAAGAGUAUCAUCGCCGGAGGUUGUGAUUCUGGCGUAUUAUCCAUCUACGAUGCUAAUCAACUCGCUGAACGACAAGUAAUUGAUGAUACAAGACUUGCUACCGAAGAAGAUGGGUUAAUUGCUUGUUUGAAGGCUCAUUCCGGAGCAGUUCGAGCUUUGGAUUUUACUUUACAGAAGAAUCUUUUAGCUACCGGAGCAUCGGCAUCUGAGAUAUUCAUUUGGGACUUGAAUAGAGAAUUCGUUCCUAUACAACAACUCGCAGCUACUGAGCAUCUCGAGGAUAUUGCAUCGUUAUCGAGUAACAAACAAGUGCAACAUAUCAUCGCUACAGCUUUCGCAACCCAGUGUUUGGUUUGGGAUCUUAGAAUAUCCAAGUCAAUUAUUAAAUUGUCUGAUCCUUCGUCUAAUAUACGAUGGAAAGAUAUAAAAUGGAAUCCACAGACCGGAUCGCAGUAUACUACGCAGCUUUGCUUAGCUUCCGAAGAAGAUCAGUAUCCAGUUAUUCAAAUGUGGGAUCUUAGAUCAGCCACGUCACCGAUGAAAUUAUUCCAAGGACAUGAAAGGGGUGUGUUAUCUCUAGAUUGGAGCGACGCUGAUCCAGAUCUUUUGAUGAGCAGCGGUAAAGAUAACAAAUUACUGUUAUGGAACUUGAACACUACCUCAUCAGCGGCGGCAGAAGUAAUUCGAGAAAUUCCAUUAGCAACUGAAUGGAAUUUCGAAGUGAACUGGUGUCCCAGAAAUCCUUCUUUAAUUUCAAGCUCCAGCAGCAGUGGUCUUGCUACGGUUUUGGCUUGGCCGAGUGAUCAGUCUCAAGAACCAACAAAUAUGAUCGCUGAUUCGUUUCCUGGCGCAAGCCAAUACCAACAACCAGCUCAGCCAGCUCAAAUAACUUCAAACAAGGCACCCAAAUGGCUAAAGAAAACAUCCGGAGUUUGUUUUGGAUUUGGAGGUAAAUUGUUGAGUUUUGAGAACCAAAGUGCAGCUGUACAGAUUCUUCAAGUGGUCACCGAACCAAAUUUAGUUGAAAAAUUCAAAGAACUGGAACAAGUUCUGGAGGAAGGCGAUGUAUAUGCUCACUGCAUGAAAAAACAUGAAACUACCGAUGAUCCUGAAGAGAAAAACUUAUGGAAUUUUAUAUCUGGGCAAUUUUACGGUGAUAAUUUCAAACAACAUAUGUACUCAUUGCUGGGUAUUUCAAAACCAACGUUGAAAGAAAAGCUCGGCGCUUUGAAUAUUAAUAACUUGGGCUCUGAUGAGUUGCCCUGUGAUCCUUCGUCCAAUAUAUCUCAUAUUGGACCUGCUGAAGAUAUUUUCAAUACCAUAGCUGCUCAGCAAGACUCUGUCUCUAAUUCAACACCAAUAAGUAAGCCAUCGCCAUUGAAAAUCCCUGAAAAUAACGACGUGGAAAGUGCCAUUAGCGACGCUUUGCUGCUCGGUGAUCUGGAACUAGCAGUGGAUUUAUGUCUAAGAGAAGACAAAAUAGCUGAUGCAUUUGUGAUAGCCAUGUCUGGAGGUCCGGAAUUAAUUGCUAAAGCUCAAGCGAAAUAUUUCGAGAAAACUGAGGACCCUUUGGUUGCGUUAAUAUCAACCAUUGCAACCGAGGACUGGUUCAAUAUCGUCGAUACUUGUGAUUUAUCAAGCUGGAAACAAAUCCUGGUUGCUCUACUGACCUAUACGAAUGGUGGCGAAUUCAGAGUUUUAUGUGAAUCCUUAGGAUCGAGAUUAUUCGCCACUGAAGACGAGUCAUUGAAAAAGAACGCUGUGAUAUGUUUUAUUUUCGCUGGAAAUGUGAAUAAAUUGAUCGAAGCUUGGCAAAAAACGAAGUCAAAAUUACCUCCGGAUCCUCAAGAAUUGGUAGAACUAGGCUUUGUGAUGAGGGAAGCUCUGAAAGCUCGAAAUAUCGAAGUGCCUAUUUACGGAACUCUUUCUCAGGUUUUAUUGCGUUAUGCGGAGGUUUUAGCAUCUGAGGGAUUUUUAACCGAAGCUUAUUCUUAUUUAGGAGAAUCAAAUGAGGAAAGUGUUCAGGAGUUGAAAGAAAGGCUGAUGAUCGCUUUAGGUUUGAAAAAUAUCCAACAGAGUGUUUCUUAUGGUCAAACAAACGUAUAUUCCAAUGCUCAAGAACGACCUAGAACUUCUACUCCAGAGCCGUACGGUGCCAGAAUGAAUUCGCUAUCAAGUUACGGAAAUCAUUCGAAACCAGCAAUAAACCCAUACAAUCAAGUUACCAAUAAUCGACCAUCUCCGGUACCUCCGAUGAUGGCUACGCAAACCCCUCCAAUGUUCCCUGCUCCUAAUCAAAUACCUAAUUCAGCUUCUUCAACGCCCAUGUCAAAUCACAAUCCAUUCGCUCCGAUGUCUCAGUACCCACCGCAACCUAAUCCGGCUCCAAGAUCUGAUCUAUUUACUCCUCCAACAGCUCCGAUGUCUCAGUAUCCACUACAAUCCAAUUCAGCACCAGAACCUAAGCGGUAUGAUCCUCCCACACCUCGAAUGAUACCCGCAAAUCAUGCUCCUGUACCAAGAGUCAAUUCGCAACCUUCUCCUGCCUCGUAUAUACCUCCUCCAGUGGCCACUUCGACUCAAAACAACUUUUUCAAUCCAUCAUCUGGCUCGCAAUACAACCAGUUUAAUAAUACCGCCGCAAUACCUCCGUCUGGAACGGCUCAGAUGCUUGGAAGAACACUGACUCCAACUCCUCCCCCUCCUCAAUCGUCUCAAGUACCAUAUUCUCGUCAGAAUGCCGAAAAUGUGACCCAGAGUAGAACGAAAUAUGUGCUGGAUCCUUCGGUGAAAGGAGGCGGUUUUGGAAAUAAUGCUCCAUCGAUGGCGCCGCCCAUUACCCAGCAACCGAUGAUGAAUCCGGUGCCACCGUUCGCCAAUCAAAAUCCGUCUAAUUUUUAUCCCCAAUCGAAUCAAAACAAUUUUUAUCCGCCAACACCGCAAACGAAUAUGAAUCCGUAUAUUCCAAAUUCGCAGGCACCAGGAUCAAUACCCCCGCCGCAACGAAUGCAAUCAGAAAUUCCCAACGUGUUACCAAUGCAAACAGGAGCCGAUGGCUGGAACGGUGCUCCUGCUCCGCCUUUGGGUGCCCCCAAACAAAUCCCAGACCAAACAGCUUACCAGUUUCAUAAUCAAGUUGGGCACGUCAACCCGAAUUCUACGUAUGGAUCUGCUUUUCCGGAAGGAAAUCUCAACAAUAGACCUCCUUCGGCAUCAAACGUAUACCAACCAAAUACCGCAAUCAAUUCUGGCCAACAUUGGAACCAGACGAAUCACGCAGAAGGCCAACAGGCCCCAAAUCAUCAUAAUAACAUCACAAUUAUGCCCGGAGGGCCUCAAAAGCAACGAAUUGAAAAUAUACCUUUACCUAAGCCUCCUUUACCCGAGCAGCACGUUAUAAUACAAAACAUAUUGGAAAAUUUACGUAACCUAUGUGUCGACAAGACUGCCAAUCUUCAAAUGAAACGUAAAUUGGACGAUACAAGUCGAAAAUUGGAAACUCUCUACGAUGCAAUUCGUGAUUCAAGGCUAUCAGCGAAAACUCUACAAGGACUACAUGACAUUGUUAAAGCUAUUGAAAAUGGAAAUUACCCAGAAUGUCUUUCAUUACAUACCCAAUUGGUAUCCGGACCUGAUUUUUCGGCUAUUGCUAGUUUCAUGCCCGGGAUCAAGGUUUUAGUGCAAUCUGCGAUGCAACUAGGUGUUAAUUUAUGAAUAAGGGAAAUGAGGUUAUAAAUAGUGUUCAUAAAUAUUGUUUUUAGGAUAAAUUUUGCUUUUGUUGGUGAAUUAUUUAUUACGUAAUAUAUCAAUUUUCUAUUUAUUUAA